CUGCCACCCCGAUACCCACCACCAAAUAGUGUCCACUUCUGGGCCACCAUGGCCCGGGAAUUCAGUCCCUCCCUUUUACCAAAUCUGGCAGAGGCGGGUCUGGGAAUCUGCCAGCACUCCUGCCUCAAUGCCUACGUUUGGGCUUCGUUUGCCAUAUCAUACAAGUCACUUAUCGAAGAAUGA